AGAUAAAAAAACGAAAGUUUAAUCACGAGUAUACGAAAAUAAAAUCGCUCCCAAGUUGUAUAACAACAAUGAUGAUAAUAAUCAAUAAUAAUAAUAAGAGUAACGUGCGUUUUAAAAAAGUCCCGUAAUGAGACCCGAGGCCGGAGAACGCGUCGUUGCCCAAACGAAUUAUAACGUUGUUAUUACUCGCACGUUGCACCGUCCAAUCUCGAGCGCCAUUUUUCUGCCUCUUCUAUUUAUAGAAUCUUGUUUUUCUGUCACGUUCGUGUUAAACGCUGCGCGUACGACAACAUCCGACACGAAAAAUAAAAACGAAAGACUCCUCGCCGCGUUUGACGCUGUUGAAAAUACGAAAAGAGGGCACUGCUCUGCUGGGCGGCGGUAUACGCAGCUAUUAGAGCAAUUGUAAGUUUAAUUAUAAAUCUUAGUCUCGUAUAUGAUAUUCGUCAAUGACUCCGCGAUAAUCUGGGUAAUAAGUUUGUAAUGCUUCGUUUAGAUAACAAUGAUCCUGUAAAUGAGAAAAAAAGUUGAGGAAGGAAGCACACGGAGCUGGAAUUUGGAGGAAGAAGAUCGUAAGAUAGCCGAGUUGGCAGGUUGUGUCAAGUUGUCAAAAGAACAUGAGGCGUUGAGCUACGUCUACGUCGAGCGCCGCGCCGUAUUGUAUUUGGGGUUGUGCAGCUGUUGCGCGCGACCGUGAUGCGUUUGCGGCGAUCUGCGGUACUGAAACGUGUUCGCGGUUCGCGGUGUGUGCGAGGGCGGAGGGGACGAGACCGUCGGACCGAUGGAGAACGGCGGUGGGGGGACUCGAAGCGGGACAACGCGAGCGAGUGCCGAGUGGAGGGAGGAGCGAGAAUAUGAUUCGUGACUCGGUGAAGGAUCGUUCGCUCGGUUCGCUCUUCGCUCGGCCGGUUUGAAGCGGGACUCGUUGCGGCGGUGGUGGCAGCAACGACGAUGUUGACAACAACGACGAACGACGGGUUCUCCUCUCCGGCCUACGUGAUCGGAUGCAUGCGCACAUGCCCCUCAACCCUCGCGCCUUCUCCCCACCAUCUUUUGUCCCCGAUUCGCGGCACCUCCGAAAUUUAACGAUCAUCCUCAACUAUUUACCUCAGUCGUGAUAUCAGAGGCAAACCAAUAUGUUUAGUUUCCAUAAACCAAAGGUUUACCGCUCGCCGACUGGCUGCUGCAUCUGCAAAGCCAAAUCGAGCAGCUCACGAUUCACCGACAGCAAAAAAUACGAGGACGACUUUAUCGAAUGCUUUCAAUUGGAGGAACGUCGCCACGGAGAAAUCUGCAAUGCUUGCGUUCUUCUCGUCAAGAGGUGGAAAAAAUUGCCAUCUGGCAGCAAUCGGAAUUGGCGACACGUCGUCGAUGCUCGUGCGGGUCCUGGUAUCAAGUCCCUGACUAAAUUCAAAUCCAAAAACAAGAAAAAACCGAAGGAUAAUCUCGAAAAAAUCGAGAAAAUAUUGAAGAAGAAGCACGUGUACUUGAAGCCAGAUCGAUAUCGCGAGCAGAGCCCAAAUAUGAGUGAUGAUCUUGCCGAGGAAUAUUUGGCGAACGCGGACAGCAAAGGUUCGAGCAGAUCGGGUAGUCCUGCAGGGAGCGACGACGCACCGGUCAGCGACAGUAAAAGGCUGAACAACGUCAAAUCAACACUCGGCGAGGAUGACGACGUAGCUCUUCAUGGUUGGAUCGACCUGACGUAUUUUAAACGAGAAGUGGUCUGUUGCGGUACAAUAUUCAAAGGUCCUUACGGCGAGGUCAUAAUUGAUCCAUCCCUUAUAAAACCGUGUUUGGGGUGUAGAACGAGACAACGAUUACAACGAGAAGCGCGUGAAAAUACUCUGCUCGAAUCGGCUUCGACGAGCCCGGCGCAUAGUUCGGCAUCGUCGAGUCCUGCGCACAGCGUCGAAUCGAGCUCAUCUUCCACGGGUUCGGAGGUGACAAAACCAACCGGUAAAACUUUCAGUGACUCCUCCUCCGAUUCGGGCUACGACGAGUCCUCAAAUCCGGGAAUCGCCGAGACGAAAAUAACGAAGAUUCUCGUAACCGCAAGUAUCGAGGAUCGCGGUACGAAAGUAAAGGAGGAGAAGAGCCUAAUAAAGUCGAUUCCGGUUGUCAAAAACGUCGUACAAUCCAAGGCAAUCGUGCUCACGGAGACUGUAAGAUUGAAAAACGACUUACCCAUUAAAUUAGUGCCCGUUAAUCAAGUCGAUAAGUUAAUAUGCAAACCUAUGAGUCUGGCUAUUGCGCAAAACGCAAACUUAACUUUAACCGAUUGCAAUUCGAGGCCAAUCGUCAAUCCGAUACCCAAUAAUCCGCUCGUCGAUUUUGCUAUCCAUGCCUCCUCCAGGCAAUCCAUCACCAAUUGACUUCACUCUCAUCCACGCGGUUUUUCAUCCCCACUUUGUUUUAGUAUUUUAAUUUAUUUCUCUCCCGUCUCUCGGUCUUUUUCACAUUAAAAACAAGAAAUUCGCAACCGUCCUCAUCUAGGUAGGUUUUUUCUCGUGUUACGCGGUACACCAAAUUGCUGGAGGUUAACCUCCGGUUGAACCGCACAACCAAAAGACCCAGACGACACCACGGGCUAUGGAAGGGCUCGAUAAAACAAAACAAAAAAGCAGAAGAAAAGGCAAGGAAGAGGAGAUACUACGUCGUUUAUUUUAAUAUAUUUUUAAAAUUUUGUCGCAGAAAAUUAGCGGUCACCUAUUUAUUUCGUCGAAUUGCCCUGUCAAAGAAUCGUUCGAUGUUCAAAAUUUAGAUAUCGUGAUGAAUAAUUAGUCGAAUUGAUAAAAAUGUUGUUUGAGAAUUGAUAAAUAUUGAAAUUGAAGUAAUCGGGCCGGAUAAUUUGUUGUCUUCGUUGCACUAUUUCAUCUUUUUAUAUUCGUGUCAAACACCGAGUGCUAACACACUGCCAUUGUUUUAAUCGUCAUAUUUUGUCCUCCUCUGCAUCCCUUGAGGAAUAAAAUUCGGACCAAGAUGAUGAAUAUUAGUGAAAAUUUGAUAAAGUUAUAAGAUAAAAUCAUGACGAUUUGAUAAUUAGCGAGUACAUCUGUUUGCUGUGAUGAUAUUCUUUAAAGUUACGCAUAAUGAUAUUACAAGUCUCACGCGGUACGCUAGCGGCUCUAGUACGUCGUUUACCUGAUAUGUGAGAUUAACUUCGCGUCCUUGUCGUUCCUUUUCGUCUUUUAACAUUAUUAUUAUUAUUAUUAUAUUUAGAAUUCUUUUUUCAAUCCUGACGUUAACGUUCUUUUAAAAACAUUUAUCGAAUACCCAUCCACAGCUUAUCGGUCUCUGGGCUGCGAAGCAUCAAAAUCAUUGUAAUUGUAAAUCAUCCUUCGUUAAUUAGGACUCGAUAGUUUCAUUUAUUUUUUACGUGUCUGUGUUUUUUCUAAGAUGCCAAUCAAUCGAUCAACGUUUGGGUCCGAGUUGAAACGUUGUGAGUGAUAAAAUACAACGAAAAACGUUGAUUCACUGAUUUGAGCUGCUAAAGUUUAAGCCGACAUUUUCGUUUCAUUAUUUCUUAAAUAAUGAUAUAAAAACAAAAAUAUAACAAUCUACUCCAUGACGUCAAAAAUUUUCAUACCAACAUUCACACCUGCUCAAUACAACUUUGACCCAAUCGUACAAAUCCAAUAAAUGAUAGCAAUACUGAUUAUAUCGUAAUAAGAGUAAUUAUACGCUAAUGUUAAUUAUAAUAUUGAUGAAAUAUCAAACUGAAGAGUCGAUGAAUAGCAUCCAUGGGCGAAUCCCGGAAAUUCGUCCGAUAUUUUCAAUAGUCGAGAGUUCAUUAAGAAAAAUGAAAUCAUUAAUGAGAUCGCUCGAAUGAUCUCAUUCGAGCGUACUCAAAGGACCAAAAAAAUAUUUAUAUCAACAUUCGGGCAUUGUUGUGCGAAAAAAAAUGGAAAAGAUGCUCAUUAUUUCUUCGAUUUUUUUUCUACACCAUCACUGUUCCGGAGUUUCGGUUUUUAUUGAUUUCAACUAAAUUAUUAAAACAUCCAUUUGAAUCUGGCGCAUUUUUAUCGUUCAAUGAGAACGAAAAUGGACACGUUCCUAAAAACAGAUAACAAAAAACCCACGAACGAGCGAAAAGCACAAAGAAUUGAAAGAGAGUACCUGUUCGAAGCAUAAUACGAAACGUCGAAUCCUCUUCGCUUGACAGCGGCAAGACCAAUCAAUUUUUUUCCCAAACGGAUUACAAAAUUUUAUCGAAAUAUUCAAACACUUCCGAUACCAUUGAUCUUUCGCGCGACGUGCAAUCACUGGCUCACGCCUAUCUUUCUUUUCAAACAAUUUAUUCUUCAAUUUCUCCAACGAAAUAGAUUUUUUUUUUUUUUUUUUUCUUUCAAAUAAGGCAUUGAUUGCUGAUCCGACUGAUCUCUCGUCGAACCCGAUACAUCAGCCCCUGUUUUAGUUAACCCAUGCAAUUAUCAUCCCCUUGCAAUACCUAAGAUGCAUUCUUUUCUAAAGGAAUUUAUAUAUACAUGCAUAUAUAUAUAUAUUAUAUAUAUAUUUUUAUACAAGAUUAUUUUUUUGUUGUCACGAGCGCAACGAGACACUGCCAGUUUAGGAUAGCGGUGGAGGAAGCGAGAGGGAGACCGAAGAAUAUUUGCUUCCCGCCUCUGAUCAACACUGGCAAUAAUUCCGAAAAUAAUUUAUAUUCCGAUUAAUUUAACCGUUUUAUGUAAUCUAUGAUUUUGAUUGUACGUUUUCGCGGGCGGACGCCACAUCCGAACGUCCAAAGAAUGAUGCAAAUUAGAAAGUGAGAGAGAGAGAGAGAGAGAGAGAGGACGAAAGGCAGAAGAAAUUAGUAAAAUUGUCACGGGGGAGGUGAAGAUGAAAAAAGAAAUAUAAAUCAAUUUACAUGAUGUUCUAUAUAAAUCUUUUUAAAAUACGAUUGUGAGACUGAUUGAACUGUUAAGCAGAUAAACUUUUAUUUACAAUACUAAAAAUGUUGGCAGUAUGAAUGCAAGGCGAAAGUGACGUUUUAGAAUAUAUUUAUAUAUAUAUUCAUCCGCAUUUUUGAAUAUAUAUAUCAUUAAAAAUAGGUAAAACCGACCGAAAUAUCAGCAUUUUGCUGCUACAAUUACUACCAUCACUGUAAAACAAAAUUUUGUACAUUUCUAAUAUUUCAAUAAUCUUUUUUGCACAAAAGUAUACCGUUCAAAAAAACAAAUGAUAAUUGCGUUAACGACAAUCUCGUCGCAUUCGUGUUGAAUUUAUCUGCAUUUUAUACAUCAUUAUAAAGUAGGACGAAUCGAGCGUCGAUAUUUGUGAUAUUAUAGUCUCGGCGUUCGUUCAAACGUCUUUAAAAAAGGAUCGAAAAAAAAAAACAAAAAUCUCAGUCGCACAACACAGAUUAUAGAGAAUUAUAUGUAACAAUAAUAUUGUAUAUAAUUGUUGUAUGCAAUAUAUUGAUAUUUCUUUUACUCUCAAUCUUGCCAAUAACGAAAGAAAAAGAGAAAGAAAAACGAUUUUAAAAAAUACAGAAAGCGUCAAGCGUGGGAUCAAGUCUCAAUAAAUAUUGUAUGUGUGGCUACGCAUGAGUGUGAAUGUGUGAGGAAAAAAAAAUCAAUCGAAUGAAAUUGUUGGUAAUGAGUGUGGUAAUUGAGACUUUGUUGUCUACUGCAAUCACGAUCGAUCUCGCGCGUAAUUGUGUUCAGCAUAAUUACGCAUUUGGAUGCAGUCCAUUUUCGAGAAUGAAAUUAUCUCUCAAUAAGUCAUCGUCCGCUACCGUUGCAAUUUAAAUUGAUAUAUACACGAUAAGGACGAGAGAGAGAUCAUGCGAAUUUUAGGAGAAUCCAAGACUCGUCUUUUUCGACUCAUUGAACUUUUGUUUUUUUUUUUUUUUUACAUUUACAAAUUAUCUUAAGCCAAUAUAGAAAUAAUGAAGAGUAUAGAUUUUAAUUUUAUGCUUGGUUAUACUAUACCGUACGUUUUCGAAAAUACAAUUUACACGAUCUGAUGCAUAUAUAUGUGUAUAUAUGAAUUAUCAUAUAUCAUACAUGAAUCUAUGUAUAAUAUAAACGGACAUAUUAUUGAUAAGAUACACACAAUUCGAAUCAGGCUUAAUGUAAAUUGCGAAUUCACCGACAUUUCCGAUGGACUUGUACGGACAGUAAUUGUACAUACUGUACGAAGUAUUAUGUAUUAUUCCAUUUGUUAAGAAUUGAUUAAAGUAUUGCGUCAAGAAAUCA